AUGGCAUCUAGUGGAGCUGGUAGCGCAGCUUCUACUGCACCCAAGCCACCACAAAAAAUCUUCAGCGCAAACAUAGCCAGGAUCAUGGCGGCUCAGAAAGCCAACAAUGGCGCCGCCAGUGCUUCACAGGCAGCUUCCUCCAUGCUGCCUCAGCCGCUCUAUCCGCUUCUAGUAACACAAUGCUCUCUUAGUGACACCAAGCCGGCCACAACCUGCGCUUCCAAGGAUCAGCGUUGGUGGUCUGCACUCACCGACGACGUCCUCCAGAUCGACCUCAAGUGGCAAGACAUACGCUUGAAGCACCACCUUGACAACGGAGGCCACUACAACGUGGAAGAAGGGGACUACACUGAGCUACAGAUGCUUGUGUGCAGUUAUUUCACUCAACACCGGAAGAAUGGUUGUUUCGAUGCCAACAAUUUCAUGAACACUCCGGCUGUCAUGGAAUAUCUUUAG